UAACUGUGAAUGUUCAUAGGUAAAUAGAAUGUCAUUUCCAAGAUGAGACUGAAACCUGGAUGCUUGUUGCAGUUUCUGUAUUUAGAUAAAAUAUACUGUUUAUUAUCAGUGAGAAAUGCUAGGGCGCUUGCAGAAUAUUUCCAACUCCUCGAUGUUCAUAAAAAGAAUACUCUGAAUGACCUGCAGGUUUAUCACUUUCUCCAUUAUGUGACUGACCUGACAAAGGAGCAGAUCAUGCUGGUGUUUGAUUUGCUAGACUGGAAUGCCACAGGGGAGCUUGGCUUUGAUGAGUUCUACAUGCUGGUGUGCAUCCUGAUGGCUCAUGAGAACCACCUGGAAAAGCAGUUCAUUUAUCAACACUCUGGGGCCGUGUUUGAAUUGCUGGAUAUGGAUGGAGGACACACAGUUGGCCCCAGGGAGUUCCAAGCCACUCGGUUCCUCUUCAACAUCAAGAAGCAAGAGCUUGAGAAGAUAUUUAAGGACUUUGAUGUUUCUGGAGAUGAGCAACUGAACUACAAGGAAUUCAAGAUGUUUACAAUCUUCUGCAUUGAAAGACAGCAGAAAAAGGAGAGGGAGAAAAAGAAGAAGAGAUUGAAUGCAGAGAUUCCAGAACCAUCAGGACCAGACCUCAUCAAGAGCAGUAUGCAACAACUAUAUUUGUAACACUUUGAGUCAGUUACAAACCAGUUCAACCAUCUUUCUCCCAGGCCCCAGCCACAAAGGUUAGCUUAAAACAUGAGCUCUAAGAAACAUACAAUACAAAUAAUGGCCCAGCCUAUUGUAGUGAGAUAAUUUUGUCCCCAGACCCAGUUUUGGAUACUGUAUGAAAGUGACUAAUUGGCUCUGAUGUCAUCCCCUGGGGAACAGCUGAUGAAACUUGGACUCCAGACCUAAGCAUCACAUUUCACCCCAAGCCAGUUGCCAUUAUUUGUGUCACCCCUCCCUACUGUAGCACAUUGCUCAAGUAUUUUAGACUAGCAACUGUGCUCCACCCUCUAGCUACAUUACAGCUGGGUUGUGACAGAGCACUCCUUCCACUACAACUAUUUUAUCACCUUUGAAGAGGCAGAUGAAAUUAAAUUUAACCCCAAACCAACUGGCUUUGAUAUUAGACUUACUCAUUUUG